UCAUUAUUUCUCUUAUCCCUCACACUCAUAAACAUGUCUACAAUUCUCUUUCAACAAUCUUCACAACCUUCCAUGGAUUCUCCUCAUGUUGUAGAAGCAACAACCAUGAUACUCAAACUAGUUUCACCAAAACCUUACAAUCAAAAAACACUUUUUUCAAGUUGGAAUUUGGUCCAAUCUCCAUCAUCCCACAAACCCAUUGAUGAUUGUUUUAAUAACCAAGAAACAAACUCUUAUGUUCAUAACCAUAAAUCUUUCAUACUAAGCCAAAAGAGCCUUGAAAUAUGCACGGAAAGCUUAGGUAGCGAAACGGGAAGUGACACGAGUGAGGACGACACCUUUUUCGCGUGCAAAGCAUCAAGUUUAACUAAAAGGACUAGAAAAGAACAUGUGUCGUCAAAAAAAAUGUCAUCACGUAGCUUUCCACCUCCAUUGACUACUAUAAGUGGGUCUAAACCAUUUCAAGUUAGGCCACAUCGUGAAGGAGGGAGAUUGAUUAUUGAAGCUAUGGAGACAAACUUAGGGACUAAUUCUUUAAUAGCCGAAAGGAGUCAUGGUCGACUUAGGUUGACGUGUUGGAAGACCGAAGAAGAAGGCGAAGUUGAUACCGAAAACAAUGAAAAUGACAAGAAGGAAUUAGAGAAUAAUGAGGAGGAAAUGGAACGAAAUGUGUUGAUUGAGAACAUUCAAAGGGUACGAAGGUGCAAUGAAGAUGAGCAUGGGGAUAAAGGAUUGUGUUCUAGAUGGGAGCCAUGUUGUUGGGUGGCUACUUCUUAGAUUAAUUGUUUACUAUACAUCAACAAACUUAUUAUCAAACUAAUCAUUUUUGUCCUUAUAUUUAACAUAUCAAGUUUUUUUUU